AUGGCGUGUGUGAGACAGAGCAGAGGCAGAAAGAGGCAAGUGAUCUUGUUUAUUCUGUGCGUUUGUGUGUGUCAGAGCGGGGCUGAAACCCUCCGCUAUUCUCUGGCGGAGGAAAUGGAGAGGGACUCCUUUGUCGCCAAUAUUGCAAACGACCUGGGCAUUGCUCCGAGCCAGCUCGCAGCUCGCAAGGCCCGCAUUGUGUCUGAGGGGAACGAGCAGCUUUUCCGCCUCAAUCAGAACACCGGAGUACUGACAGUAAAGGAGUCGCUGGACCGAGAGGAGAUCUGUCCGCAGAGUGAUACCUGCACACUCUUCUUUAAGAUAUUCUUUGAAAAUCCAUUGCAGCUGAUCCGAGGGGAGGUGGAGGUUUGUGACAUGAAUGACAACUCCCCCGUGUUCCCAGAGAAGGAGAUGGUUUUAGAGAUUCUGGAAACAGCACCUCCCGGGUCCCGUUUUCCUCUGGAAAGUGCCCAAGACAAGGACGUGGGAAGUAACAGUUUGCAGAACUACAGCCUUGGAGCCAACUCGCAUUUUUCCCUCGCUCUCAGAACAAGGAAAGGUGGAGCAAAAUAUGCAGAGCUCGUCCUAGAGCAGCAGCUGGACCAUGAAGAGCAGCCGGAGCUGAGUUUGUUCCUCAUUGCCACCGACGGGGGCUCACCACCCAGGUCGGGUACUGCUCAGGUCCGGAUCGUGGUCAUGGAUGCCAAUGACAACACCCCAGUCUUUGGUCGGGAGAUCUACGAGGUGCGCCUGGCUGAGAACAGCCCCCAGGAGCAGCUGGUGGUCAGAGUUGUGGCUGUGGAUCCUGACGAAGGGCCCAACGGGAAAGUGCGGUACACCUUCACCCAGACAUCAGAGCGGUCCCGGCAGAUCUUCAAGCUGAACCCUGCCAGUGGGGAGAUACGGGUUGUGGGCAACCUGGACUUUGAGGAAGCAAAAAACCACGAGAUGAUGGUGAAAGCCACUGACAGCGGGGGGCUGUCUGCGCAUUGCAAAGUGCAGGUGGAGGUCCUGGACGUGAAUGACAAUGCCCCAGAGAUAGUGCUCACCUCCCUCACCGCCUCCAUUCCUGAGGACACCCAGCCCUGCACUGUGGUGGCCCUGUUCAGUGUGCGGGACCAGGACUCCGGGGACAACGGCAGGAUGGAGUGCUCGAUCGACGGGGACUUGCCCUUCAGUCUUACCCCCACUUUCGAUAAUUACUAUGAGCUGAGGACUAAUGCAGCGCUAGACAGGGAGAGGAUGGCAGAGUAUAACAUCACCAUCACAGCCAUGGACUGGGGCACAACGCGGCUCAGCUCUCAGGAAAGCAUCUUUGUGCAGAUAUCGGACGUGAACGACAAUCCCCCACAGUUCACUCAGGAGGUUUACACCAUGUCAGUCACAGAGAACAACAGCCCCAUGCUGCGGAUUGGCAGUGUGAAUGCCACGGAUGCUGACGCAGGGAAAAACGCCCGUGUAAACUACAAUCUGGUGAGGCAGGAGGGCAAGGAGCAGCCCGACAUGUCAGUCAACUCUGAAAGCGGGGAUGUUUACAUCCUCCACCCGCUGGACUAUGAGGAGGUGCGUGCCUUCGAGGUGAAGGUGUGCGCUGCUGACAGUGGCUCGCCGCCACUCAGCACACAGGCGGUGCUACGCGUGGUGGUGCGGGAUGAAAACGACAAUGCACCCGUUGUGCUGCACCCAUCCCCUGACAGCAGCACGGUGGCAGGCGAGCUGGUGCCACGCUGGGCGCACGCGGGCUACCUGGUGGCCAAGGUAGUGGCGGUGGAUGCAGAUGCAGGGCAGAAUGCGUGGCUGUCUUAUGAGUUGGCCAAGGCAACGGAGCCAGGGCUGUUCCACGUGGGGCUGCACAGCGGAGAGGUGCGGACGGUGCGGGCCAUGGCAGAGCAUGAAGCGCCACAGCAGAGGCUUGUUGUGCUGGUGCGAGACCGCGGGCAGCCGCCGCGCUCCACCACCACCACCCUCAGCAUUACGCUGGUGGACGGUUUCUCCGAUGCCCAUUUGCGGUUGAGUGAGGAGGCACCGGCUGCUGAUCCCGAUGGGCCACUCACCCUGUACCUCAUCGCUUGCCUGGCCUGUGUUUCGGCAGUGUUCCUGGCCACCGUGGUGGCUGUUGUGGUGGUGAAGGUGCGGCGGGCCAGGCCGAGUGAGGCAGAGACCUUGCCUACGUUCCCGAAGUCUGCCACGGAGAGCACCGCGGGCUCCCUGCCCCGCAGCUACAUGUAUGAUGUUUGCUUCACCACCGGGACCAUCAACAGUGAGUUUCAGUUCCUUAGGCCCCUCUUCCACUGCUUUCCUGCCGGGCUGCCCCCCAGCCAGGGUGAACAGCAAAGCUCAGCGUGCUUGCAAGAGGUGUCCAACCUCGGAGAAGAAGGCAACUGGGCUGCACAGGUGAGGGACCUGGUUGGGCUGAGGUGA